AUGUUCAGGAACAAUUAUGAUGGUGAUACUGUUACAUUUUCGCCCACUGGGCGUUUGUUUCAGGUCGAGUAUGCGUUAGAAGCUAUUAAACAGGGUAGCGCGACUGUGGGAUUGCGCUCGAAGAAAUACGUCGUUUUGGUAGCGCUGAAGAGAAAUGCAGACGACCUUUCGUCGUAUCAGAAGAAAAUUAUCAAAUGUGAUGAGCAUAUGGGCUUAUCGCUUGCUGGUUUAGCUCCUGAUGCUCGUGUUCUUUCGAACUAUCUAAGACAACAAUGUAAUUACUCGCAGCUAGUAUACAACAGAAAACUAUCCUUAACAAAGGCGGGUCACCUGCUCAGUGAUAAAGCUCAAAAGAAUACGCAGUCGUAUGGAGGUAGACCCUACGGUGUAGGGCUAUUGUUGGCUGGCUAUGACAACAGCGGUGCACAUUUACUUGAAUUCCAACCUUCUGGUAAUACGCUUGAACAUUACGGAGCUGCUAUUGGGGCGCGGUCGCAAGGAGCUAAAACCUAUCUUGAGAGAGUUAUGGAGGAGUAUGUCGAGAUUGAAGAUGCGGAUCAAUUGAUUAAACAUGGCGUUGAAGCGCUGAAGCAUUCCUUGAAGGACGAAACUUUGAGUUCCAAAAACCUUUCCAUUGCCAUUGUUGGAGAAGAUAUACCUUUUACUAUAUACGAUGGUGAAGCGGUUACACAAUACCUAUAG